AUGGGUUUCUGGCCUGGUUCUUUUCGUCGCUGCUCGGCUUCUCGGCAAUGUCAGGAGUCCGGAGUCGGAGUCGGGGUCGGAGUCGACGUCGUGGUCGUCUUUGAAGUCAGCGUCUGUGCAUUCGACCUUGUGACUAUUCUCGUUUUCCUUGGGGAAAUCCGUGAUGAUGGCGGCAAUGGCAUCAUGCCACAUCCAUACCAUCAUGGGUAG